UAAUUUGUGACUCGCAACUGGCAACCCUGGUUUUGUUUUAGUUUUUUCCAUUAAUUUUUUCUUCAUCUUUUAUUUUGUAUAUCUUUCACUGUUAAAUUGAUCAUUCUUCUAAAAAGAAAAAGUUUUGCAAGUAGAAAAUUGAAAUAAUGGAAUUCCCUGCAACUCCAUCUAAUGCUUCGGAUAGCAAUGAGUAUCCUGGCCCUGCAGGAUCGUAUGAAAAUGCGAACUCAAGAGAUAAUAACAAACGACGCAGUUCUUCCAGAUCUAUAAAACGUAGACGGUUUGAUGAUGAAUUAGUCGAAUAUAGAUUGCCUGGGGCUUCUAUUGGUAAAGGUGACAAGAGAAUGCGUACUCAGUCAUAUACGAGUCAGUUGCCUGAGCUUCCCAUUAUAAGUAACACACCCACAAACGUGGCAACGACUGUACAGGAGCGACGGCGGACAUCAAGUAAAAUAUCUACCGGAGGUAGCGCGGCAAAGAAAUCUAGACGUAAAGGGCAACUAAGCCAGUUAUCUACAAAGGAUUUGGGACGAUGGAAGCCUACAGACGACUUGGCUCUUAUAUUAGGAGUUCAACAGACAAAUGAUUUGAGGACAGUCCAUCGUGGGGUUAAAUUUUCCUGCCGUUUCACUAUAGGUGAACUCCAAUCCCGCUGGUAUGCUUUGCUGUAUAAUGCUGAGAUAUCUAGAGUGGCUGUUGCGGCAAUGCGAAACUUGCAUCCUGAUCUGGUUGCUGCAGUUCAACAACAAGCAUUGUAUUCUACUGCUGAGGAAGAUUUAUUGGGAACAUUACCAAGUACUUCACAUCCAGAGCCUGAGAAGUUCCAGGAGUUGCUUGAACAAAACCCACAUGUGUUCUAUCCUUCUCGUACAGCAAAGUCACUCAUGGCCCAUUGGCAACUACUCAAACAAUAUCAGUUAUUGCCCGAUCAGACAGUACAGCCUUUACCUAAAAAUCAAAGUGAUAAAAUUUUGACAUUCUCUGAUGCUGAGGAAACUAUGAAUGACUCCGAACUACCUGACUUUAAAGAAGAUGGUGUUGAUAUUGAAAUGCAACUAGCUGAUAGGAUAGAGAAAAAAGAUAUACGUCUAUUGGAGAAUUCUCUGUCGCGGUGGCAGGUUUUGGUACAGUCAGUGGCUGGUGGUAGCGUGGAGCUGGACAAGAACACGCUCGCGGUACUACGCGGACGGCUAGUGCGAUAUCUGAUGAGGUCUAGAGAGAUUGCUGUCGGUCGCAGUACACGAGACCACACUAUAGACGUGAAUUUGAGCUUGGAAGGACCUGCAGCGAAGGUGUCAAGGAAGCAAGCCACAAUCCGCUUACGUAACAGCGGCGACUUUUUUAUGUCAUCAGAAGGCAAAAGGCCAAUUUUCGUGGACGGCCGGCCAGUACUUCAAGGGAACAAAGUCAAGCUUAACCAUAACAGUGUUAUAGAGAUCGCUGGACUGCGCUUCGUAUUUCUUAUAAACCAAGAGCUUAUUAACGCAAUUCGUCAGGAAGCUGUUAAAGUUAAUAUUCCUGUUUAGUAAAUAAAACAAUAAAUAUUUCAUAACUGAGAAA